CGGACAGUAACGUGUGCAUCCGUCAAGAGGAUCCAGAUUCGUUGGUGGUAUGCAAAAUGCUGGCAGUUGGAUUCGUCAGUUGGUGAAGCGGUGCUGGAAGGACCGGGUGAGGCGUUAUUGUUGAAUUAUCCGGAAAUUUAGCCCAGUCAAAUUUGUUAUACUUCGUUUAAUCGAACAACAUGAUUACGGCUUUACUAUUAUUUACGAAAUUCUACGAAUAUGUGUACACGAAAUAUUUCAGACAAUACCUCGGAAGUAUGCUCGAUUAUAACGAACCGCGAGAUAGGCACGAUGCUGCCGUCGACCACGAAAAGGAGAUGGCAGAGUUAUAUAAUGCCAUGUUCAAACCGGGAGAUUCUGACGACGAAGAGAUAGACGAAGAGACCGACGAUCGAGAUUUUGUCAUGACAUUAGCGUGUUACGCCGCAAUAUCGAAAAGACAGAAACGUAAAAGAUUAUUUACAAGAAGAUUUGAGGGUGUGGAAGGAUAAUUUCGUGUUUUCUACGUUGUUAACUUAGUUGCAUCGAUAUCGUUUCAUCUUUGUUGCUUUAAAUUUUUUGCUUUAUAAACAAUGUUCUUUCAAAUAAUUGUGUAGCAUUUUCAUUGAAAUUAUUUGUUUUGUUCAUGGACCUACUUAUGUGAAUGUUGUAAAGGAAAAUUUUUGAUAAAGUGCAAAUUGUCACGUAACAUUCUUUAUAUUUUGUUUUUGAAAAAUUAAAUUGGAAGGUUUGUAAAAACACAUUUGUGUUCAAUUCAUAAAUGUAAUAGGGAUUUUUUAAAAUAGUGUA